GACAGGACACUAACUAACGUGCAAUGACACGAUGAGGACAAGGUUUUUGUCCAACACAAGAGAUUUCAAACUUACAAUAUAAACAAGCUUAAAUUAGUAACAAAACAACACCGAAAAUUGAUACAUUCUUCACUGAAAUUUAUCAAAUGGGGAAUUGUUCUUUCAAGGGUACUACUACUGGUGAAUGUCAUCACUCUAUCCGAAUUCUAACCGACACUGGUUCUAUUUUACAGUUCAAAGGUCCUAAAACAGUUGCACAAGUCCUCGAAAAGUAUCACGGUUAUGGCGUUUUUCGCCAAGGCCAUGUGUCUUUGCCGUUACAAGAGCAAGAGAGUUUAAGCUAUGGUUUUCUCUAUUAUCUUCUUCCACUGAAGGAUGGCCGAAAAGCUGAGAGUGAUGAAAGAGUAGUGCAUGUUGCAGCGUGUGAUUACGUGGAGAAUCUGUCUAAUGGUUCCGCGCUUGAAGUGUUGCCGUAUUCGGUUAAGAAUGGUGUGUGGAAGGUGAAGUUGGUGAUUGAUACAAGACAUUUAGAGGAGAUUUUGUCGGAACAAGUGAAUACCGGUGCAUUGAUUGAGAAGAUGAGAAUGGCUGCAACUGCAUAUUCUACUUCUAGUCCUACAAGGAGCAGAACCAUGAGUGCUUGGAAAGUGGGAUGGAAACCAACAUUGUUUAGUGCAUUCUUGACGCCGGUUAAGUCCGGAAAAAUUGCUAAAAGUGAUGCUAUUGUUGUUGCUGCUGAUGCAGAUGGAUCAAUUUUGGAUUUGGAUUCUUGUUAAGAAAAGGCUUUCUAGUUUAUGUUCAAGAUUUCAAGAAUGAAAUUAUGAGUAUGUUAAAUUGUAAGUGUUAGGUUUUCCCUAACUACAAGGUCCACAUAGAGGACUUGAUCAAAUAUGUUUAGAAAAUGUAGGUCUCGUUUGUGAAUAUAUUUGGAUGACUAGUCCAAAUAUUGGUGAUAUAUGCAAUUAAUGCAAAUGU